AUGUACACCGACAACAUAUACCGCCUGCGCAUGUAUACCGUGUCGAACAUGAUCGUCUGCGUGGGGGUGACCAAAUUGAUCAUCACGGGUCGACACGGUCACCUUCAGGUUGCUGCACGCGAUCAAGAACCCAGAGUAGAAGAUGACGAUCGUCCCGCACAUGGCUCGAAAACGGACCGCAGAAAAAUCACGCUGAGCGCCGCCAGGCACCACGACGCGGACGGGGGCGUGGUCACGGGCUCGAACGACAGCGCGGAGACGGACAUGAACAAGUCCGCGAGCAAAGAGAUGUACUCGAUGUGCGUGCAGGUCGCGAUCGUCGGUCACGGCACGAACCUGUCGACGAUGAAGGACGUCGAGCCCGAGAUCUACGUCUACGGGCCGAUAUAUAGCCACGUCAACGUCACCACGAUGUCCAACGCGAUCCCGACAGUGUUCAAGGGCAACCUCAGGUAUCCAGGAUUUACCAUGUCAAUCCCCCCAUCCGCCAUAGGAAAAGCCAAACUUGGUAGUGGUGGCAGUAGUGGUGAUACUCGCAAGAUCACACGUGGUUUCUUUUUGAUGCAAAACCCGCGUCAAACUAUCCUCUGGACCGACUACUCCAGCAAGGUCUUCCUCCUCGAAGCCUUCCACACCCGGACUACAGCUCUCAAACCUACCCUGAAGUCUACCUCCAAGUCUCCCAAGUCUCCGAAAGGAGGACUAUCUAAAGCAAUUGAAGAUGAAGAGGAGGAAGAGGAUAGCAUGACUGAUCCAUAUGACGAAGACGACACGACCGAUGAAGACAACAUCGACGAUAAAAGCACUAUAGCCAUGGUCACCGUCAAGUCUAAUAUCCACCGACUCCGACAGUCUGAAAAGCGUCUAAAAGCGUACGAGGCAAAGAAGGACACGUAUGACGAGAAGGUGGCCAGAGACAACAAACGCAGGGCGAAGGCGGAGUCCCAGAAGAGAGCCAGAAGCGGUUCAUUGACGCCCAUCAGUGCAAGGCAGCGCAGACAGUUGAAUGCUUGGUUGAAAGAACUUGGCUCCCCAUCUCACAAGGCUUGA